AUGAUUAAAACAAGAACAAAACCUGUUUGUAAAACUCACUUUAAUUUAUCAUCUAAACAAAUAAGCAGAUAUAGAAAAUAUAUACUGAAUUUAGUUAAUCGAAAAUGGAUGAAAUAAGUAGAUGAUGUUUCAACGGAUAAAUAAAAAAUAAGAUUUACUGAGAAUAAAGUACAUCAUUUUGUUCCAUCAGAUACAAUGAUAAAGAAAGUGAUAAAAUUUGAUUGUUAUCCAAAGAAAGGAAUUCUGAAAACUAAAUGA